AUGCCCGUGGAGUCCGUUCCACCGUUCGCCAUCAUCGUCGGCGCCAUCACCGCCAUGGGCGGGCUGCAGUACCUCACCCACGGCGCGGCGUACGGGAAGCCGCGCGCGAUCGGGCAGGACGCGUUCGAUCGUCUCGUCGCGGCGCGAGACGAGCGCGUCAAGACGGCCGCCGCGAGCGGACGCGGGGCGCAAAAGUAG